GAGUGCUGUAGCUACCUUUCCCUUUUUUGGGGGGGGGGGAGGGUGACAGGGCGAGAUUUUUUUUCCCCGUCCUGUGUUGACCCGGGGGCCGGUGGUGUGUGAAAUCCAGGAGAGGACGUUAGGUGUCCAGGAAGCCGGCAGUAAUGUUUUGAAAUUUUCUGGGAAUCAGUGACACGCUGCUGCACCAAGGUCCAAGGGAGGAGACUUUAUGCCAAACGAUCUACAAAUGGGGUCUGUAUCAUUUGAGGACGUGUCUGUGGACUUCACCUGGGAGGAGUGGCAGGAGCUGGAUGCUGCCCAGAGGAUCCUCUACAGGGAUGUGAUGCUGGAGAACUACAGCAGCCUGCUGUUCUUGGGGCACUGCAUGACAAAGCCUGAGUUGAUCUUCAUGUUGGAGCAUGGAUUUGGACUACAGAGUGUAGCAGAAACCUCAGGUUGGAGCCUCCCAGUGACUGGCCCAACUGACACCAGCCAGGAAAAUCACAAGAGACAUUUAUGGCAAAGUGGAAUCACCAACAGCAAGACCCUAAAUGACAAAAUGAUUGAAACUAAACUAAAAGUGCAUCAGGAUACCUUCCAAGGGACAAAAUACUAUGGAGAUAAAAUGUAUGUGAGGAAGUCUUACCAAGAGUCACGCCACAGAAGUUAUCUGACAUCUCACACCUUCAAAGGGAAUUUGUAUUACAACUCAACACUCAGGAAACAUCAGAGAAUUCAUAGAAGACAGAGUAUGCGACAUGAGGGUAAGGAAUGCAGGGAAAUGUUCUUGAAUUCCCAUCACACUGAACCUUCCAGAUCUGAUAUAAGUGAGAAACACUAUGGAUGUCCAGAAUAUGGUAAAUCUUUCUACUGCAAGAAAGAGCUCACUAGACGUAAUGGGUGUCAUUCUGGGGAGAAACAUUAUGAAUUUCCAGAAUAUGGCAAAACAUUAAUUAGUAAGGAGCAUCUCAAUCAUAUGGAUGAGAAACACUAUAGAUGCUUAGAAUGUGGGAAAGCUUUCAGUAGUAAGUCAUACCUUACUAUUCAUGAGAGAAUUCACACAGGUGAGAAACCCUACAAAUGUAAUGAAUGUGCAAAAUCUUUCUACUGCAAAUAUCAACUCAAAAGACAUCUUAAAAGUCAUACUGGUGAAAAGCCCUAUGAAUGUAAAGAAUGUGCAAAAUCUUUCCACUAUAAGAAUCAACUCACAAGGCAUCAUAGAAGUCAUACCGGUGAGAAGCCCUAUGAGUGCAAAGAAUGCGCAAGAUCUUUCUACUACAAGAAUCAACUCACAAGACAUUACAGAACUCAUACUGGUGAGAAGCCCUAUGAAUGUAAAUUAUGUGCAAAAUCUUUCUAUUGCAUGACCCAACUCAAAAGACAUCAUGUAAGUCAUAGUGGUGAGAAGUGCCAUAAAUGUGCAGAAUGUGGGAAAGCUUUUGCUCGUAGGGAGCACCUCACCCGUCAUCAGAGAAUUCAUGUGACUGAGAAGCCUUAUGGGUGUACAGAAUGUGGGAAAGCCUUCACUAGCAAAACAUCCCUCACUAUUCAUGAGAGAGCUCACAGGGGGGAGAAGCCUUUUGAAUGUACACUAUGUGGUAAAGUUUUCUGUGACAAGUCAAAACUCACUACACAUCAUAGAACUCAUACUGGAGAGAAGCGUUAUGAAUGUACACAAUGUGGUAAAGCUUUCUAUUACAAGUCAAAACUCACUAUACAUCACAGAACUCAUACUGGUGAGAAGCCUUUUGAGUGUGCAGAAUGUGGGAAAGCCUUCUACAUCAAGUCAGAACUUAGUGCACAUGAGAGAAUACAUACAGGUGAGAAGCCUCACAAAUGUCUGCAAUGUGGGAAGUCAUUCUACUGGAAGAAACAACUCACUAGACAUUGCAGAUAUCAUUCUCGUGGGAAGUGCUAUAAAUGUACAGAAUGUGAAAAAGCAUUCACCACCAAAGGAUACCUUAUUAAACACCAAACAAUGCAUACAGGUGAGAAUCCCUAUGAAUGUACAGAAUGUGGGAAAGCUUUUAUCCUCAAAGGAAACCUUAUGAAGCAUCAAAGAAUUCAUUUAGGUGUGAAGCCAUAUGAAUGUACGCAAUGUGGCAAAGCUUUCUAUGACAAGGCAGAACUUGCUAUACAUCAGAGAAUUCAUACAGGCGAGAAGCCCUAUGAAUGUGCAGAAUGUGGCAAAUCAUUUAAUUAUAAGUCACAACUGUGUAUACAUCAUAGGACUCAUACAGGUGUAAAACCCUAUGAAUGUACACAGUGCGGCAGAGCUUUCAAUUACAAAUCACAACUGUGUACACAUCAUAGGACUCAUACAGGUGUGAAACCCUAUGAAUGUACAGAGUGUGGGAAAGCUUUCACCAUCAAAGGGAACCUUAUGAAACAUCUGAGAACCCAUGCAAGUGAGAGGGCCUAUGUGGUGAUUUGAUUCAAGCGUUCCCCAUAAACUUAAGUGUUCUGAAUGCCAGGACCCCCAAUGGUUGCAAUUUGGGAAUUAGAGUAUCCUGAAGGAAGUGUAUUAUUUGUGGCACACUUAUGGGGGUUAUAGCCAGCUUCCCUUUGUCAGUGUUUGGCACACUCUCCAGCUGUUGUUUUCCACCUGAAUUGGCCAGGAGUUGGUGUCCAGCCUCUGUUCAUACCAAUUUUCCUCUGCCAUCAUGGGGCUUCCCCUCAAGUCUGUAAGCCAAAAUAAACAACUUUCCUUUGAUAAGCUUCUUUGGGUUGGGUGCUUUCUGCCAGCAACAUGAAGCUGACUAGAAUCAUUAUGUACAGAAUGCAGGAAAGCUUUCUUCAUCAGGUCAGAAAUCACUGUGCAUAAGAAGAAUGCAUACAGAUGAGAAGCCUUAUGAAUGGAUGGAAUAUAGGAAAUCUUUCUACUUUAUGAAACAACUCACUAGACAUAAAAGUCAUUCUGGUGAGAAACACCAUGAAUAUAGAUUGUGGUCAAGCUUUCUUAGAAAUGACAACUGAGCACAAUGAAAAGUUAAACUAGUGAAAAGCCCUAUGAUUGUGUACAGUAUAUGAAAGGCUUUUCCUGGAAGGCAUACCUUGCACAUCAUCCAGUUCCAUCCAGUUGAAAAGCCUGAUGAAUGUACAGAAUGUGUGAAUGCUUUCUUUACUUCACAAGUCAGUAAACAUCAGAGAACUCAUACAGGUGAGAAACUACUAAUACACAAUGUGGGAAAGCUUUUAUUCAUGAGGUGGACCUUGUUGAUAAGACUCAUACAUGUGAGAAGCCUUGAUUAUAUAGAAUGUAUCAUCUAAAAAAUCCUAUAGGAUAUCAAAGAGAAAUUCAUCCACAUUGUCUAAAUAGAAGGCACCAAAUCACCCUUUUCUUGUUACUAUUUUAUUUAGUUAUUGAGAUAGAAACAGAGAGAAAGAGGCAGAUGGAGAGUGAAUAUGGGCCUGAAGUACAUAACUAGCAUCUGGAUAGUGACAUUGAGAGAAGAGCGUUGAUCAUAUUCAGGUCUCACCAUUCUCUUUCUCUCCAUGUGUUUUAAUUCCACAUAAAUGGUCCACCACCAUGAUCAAGGUACACUACAAUUUUACCCAAC